AUGCGUAUUGGACAAUCAAUUUGGUCUCGAGAAGAUUUUAAUCUAAACAAUCCAACAAGUUCAUUGGUACUUUCAACAAAAGCUAAAAAUUUGAUAAAUUUUCGUUCUGAUACUGAAUUUACACAGAGUUUUAAUACGAAUAAUAAUGAAAAUGAAGAAGAAAUUAUUUUACCACAUGGUCAUAUAAUUAAUUCAAGUAAAAAUCUUUUUUCAAACUUACAAUUACGUAGUCGUGUUUAUGAACAACAACAAUUCAAAUCAAAUGAUGGUACAAUUAAAACAGUUUAUUAUUUUCGUGCAACAAGAAUAUGUGUUGAUGAUAGUGGUCCAUUUUGGCCUAUGGCCUUCCCUAUAAAACAUCCAACACCAACAUUUUCACCUUUUACAAGAGAUGAAAAAAAAUAUCGUUUAAAAGAAUAUUAUCAUUCACAUGAAAAUCAUUUUUUAGGUACAAAUCAUCAGCAAACAUUCGAUAAUCAACCAGCUAUAUUUAAAUAUACUGAUGUUCUUAAACAUCCAAUUCUUGUUUAUGAUAUGGAUAAAUCACCAAGACAACAACAACCUAAAACAAAUGAAAGUGAACAAAUGUGUCCAUCAUUAAUAUUUGAAUCACGUUUUGAAGGUGGAAAUUUAAGACAAGUUAAACGUGUAGGUCAAUUUGAAUAUGAACUUGUUCUUCGACCUGAUCUUUAUACUACACGACAUACACAAUGGUAUUAUUUUCGUGUACAAAAUAUGAUUGCUAAUAUAACGUAUCGUUUUCGAAUUAUUAAUUUGGUGAAAAAAAGUAGUCUAUAUAAUGAAGGUAUGCAAAUUCUUCUUUUUUCUGAUGUGGCCGGUAAAAAAGAACUACGAGGUUGGCAUCGUGUUGGUCAUCAUAUCAAUUAUUCAGAAUAUAAACAACGCACUUAUAAUCCUUUACUUGAACGAGAUAUUAACUAUUUUGAACUUGAUUUUCAACUCGAAUUUGUUCAUACGGGUGAUACAUGUUACAUAGCACAUUGUUAUCCAUAUACAUUUACAGAUCUCAAAAAUGAUUUAGAUUAUUUAUCAUCAAUAAGAUCACAAGAAGUUUUUCGUCGUGAUAUUUUAUGUGAAUCUCAAGCAGGAAAUUCAUGUUUUAUGAUAACUGUAACUGAUGAAUCGGUACCAAUGAGCGAAAAAAAAAUUGUUUUUAUAACAGCACGAAUACAUCCCGGUGAAACAAAUUCAAGUUAUAUGAUGCGUGGUGUACUUGAAUUUAUAACAUCAGAUGAUAAAGUAGCUCAAAAAUUACGUUCACAAUUAAUAUUUAAAAUUGUACCAAUGCUCAAUCCUGAUGGUGUUAUUAUUGGUAAUUAUCGAUGUUCAUUAACAGGAAAAGAUAUGAAUCGUAAUUUUCGUCAUCCACGUAAACAAACUUUUCCAACAAUUUAUCAUGUUAAACAAUUAAUGCAAAAUUUACAAAAAGAACAACAUGAAAUUUUAGCUUUUUGUGAUCUUCAUGGUCAUAGUCGUAAAUCAAAUGUAUUUGCUUAUGGUUGUGAUGGAUGUGAUGGACCACAACCAGAUAUGAAAAAAUUUUUAAAUGCACGCAUUCUUCCAUAUAUUAUGGCGAAAACGGCACCGGAAAUGUUUGCAUUUGAUUAUUGUAAAUUUCAUAUACAUCGAUGUAAAGAAUCGACAGGACGUGUUGUUAUGUGGAAAGAAAUGUUAAUAAAAAAUAGUUUUACAUUAGAAGCUUCAUUUGCUGGAUCAAGUAUUGUAGAAAAAUCAUGUCAUUUUAAUAUUCAAGAUUAUGAAAAAUUUGGACAAUGUAUAUGUCAAUCAUUAAGACAAUAUUUAGAUAUUCUUUCUGAUUCGACACGAUUGGAUUCAAUAUUUUUAGAUAUAACAAAAAGUGUUCUUCGUAAAUUAGGAAAAGAAAAAAUUCCACCUACUUUAUUACCUGUUGUUUAUCCAGAAGAAAAACAAACUGAUGAACCACAAAUAUCAAUCAGUUCAGUUGCUAGUUGUUUACAAGUAUUAGCACAAUGUCAUGAUACUAUUAAUGAACAAGACGCAACAAGUUCGAGCGAUUCAGAUAGUGAUCCUGAAGGUGGUGAGUUACCUGAUAUUCCAUAUCGAAAGGAAGAACCAUCACUAAAGAAAAAAUCAAAAAAGAAACGACCAGAAAAAAUUAUUGAAGAACGUGUUCAAAGAGUAGCUCGUAAACGAGAGGUUAAUCGUUCGCAACCUCUCAAGACAACACUUGUUCCGACAAACGAAGAAUCUAGUGGUAUUAACGGUACUAAUGGUAUUAAUAGUACUAAUGAUACCAAUCGUCGAACGCGUGUGACCUAUCAAUAUGCAUCAGAAAUUGAUAUGAAUUCACAAUUAAAACUUACACUUGCCGUUGACCAGAUGGAUAAAGCAGCUCGUACAUUACCACCAAGAGGUACUCUAUUUACAAGUAAAUAUGCUAAUCGAAGUGGACAUGGUUUACCAAUUUUUACUACUGAACGAGCAUUAGAACGAAGACAGAAAAGAUGCAAUUCAGGUUUACAAGAUUCUCUGGUUGAGCGACAAUCGACAGAUGAUGGUGAUACUGAUAUUGAACCAGGAGAACGUUCACAAAUGGAAACAUCAACAAUUAUUGAUCCAAAUAUCUCAACAACAACAAUAAAUAAUGCACCAACUAAACGAACAGCUUCGUUUGUUUCUUUAACUCUAAAUGAUUUACCAUCUCCAUCAAAUGAUCAAUUGAUUCCAACAAUUAGUGGUACAAUUGGAUCACAAACAGCAAUUUUUAAAAAUUUACCACAACGUCGACUACACAAUGUACAUCGUCGUCAACAUCAAAAUAAAUCAUCAAAUGUUACUGAAAAUGAUCGUUUGCCUAAUUUAUCACCAUCAACUCUUACAAUGCCUAAUCUUAUGGAAUUAGCAAAUCGUACAUCACCACUUCUAGUUCUUCCUUCAUCAAUAAAUAAUAGUGAUGUAUCAAUGAUAGAUUCAUCAAAUAAAUAUUCAUAUGAAACAUCAAUUGAUUCAAAUGGUGUUAAUCAUCAUCGUUUAUAUACUGUAAAUGAUAAUCUUCUUCGUCCAUUUUCAAAAAAUGAAACAACUUUAUUACGAACUAAUACUGGAAUGAAUACAAAAAUGCCACCAGUUAAUACUAAUAAUAAUGUAAAUCUAAAAAGAUCAACUUCACAAAAAAGUAAUAAUCAUUUAGCACAACCACCUUUAGCGACAAUUGAAUCUGUAUUACGAGAACGAUCAAUGACUAUUGCUAAUGAAAAUACACAUCAACCAGAUGCUAUGGAACGUGUUAAUCGUAUUCUUAAACAACUUUAUUUACCGUUAGAUAAAAAGUGA